AUGGUCGAAAAUGAUAGAUCAUGUCACGGGAUGUUACCUUAUGCCUUGCUAGGGUAUCGAACAAUAGUUCGAACCUCCACAGGAGCAACUCCCUAUUUACUAGUUUACAGGAAUAAAGUUGUGAUACCCGCUGAGGUCGAAAUACCUUCCCUAAGUAUUAUUCAGGAAGUUGGACUGAGUAACAAAGAAUGGAUCCGUGCUCACUAUGAACAAUUCAUGUUAAUUGAUGAAAAGAGAAUAGCCGUUGUAUUCCAUGGUCAGCUGUAUCAACACAGGAUGGUUCGUGCCUUUAACAAGAUGGUAAGAACACGAGCAUUUGAAGUGGGGCAACUGGUUCUCAAACGAAUAUUCCGUCACCAAGAGGAGUACAAGGGCAAGUUCUCUCCAAAUUGGAAAGGUCCAUACAUAGUUUGCAAGGUGCUAUCUGGAGGAGCUCUAAUUUUGUCUGAUACGGAUGGCACAGAGUGGACCAAAGCAAUCAAUUCUGAUGCGGUAAAGAGAUAUUAUGUUGGAAUGACUUUCUAG